CGUCAAACGUCAAAAAAGUGAAAAAUAUUCGAAGAGAAGCAGUCCCUAAACAUUUCGAGGGUAUUUUUGCAUUUCUAGCCCGAGUUAAUAGUUAAUUUUGGUGUUGGUUCCGUCAAAAUAAAGGCAGCAAAUCUGGAUCCUUCGGAAAUCGCAAGAAAAAAGAAAGAAAUGAGCGAUCGCAAGCUUGAGUUGGAGCGGAAAAAGGCCAAAUUACAGGCAAUCCGCGAAGAAAAGGAACGUCGUCGAAAAGAGAAGGAAAAAUCUGACUUGGAAGAUGCUGUCGGCAAAGCAGGAACAGCUGGAGAAAAGGAUUUAAGAAAGGACUUGGAUGACAUGCUCUCAUCAUUGGGAGUUGCUCCAGUAUCAGAAGUUCUUUCAUCUUAUUCUUCCGUGCAAUCGAACUCGACAGAUGGACCACAGAGUCUCGAUGCCGAGAGUCAACAGACUGCAACGACGGGAAGCGCCGGCAAACGCAAACCCGUCAAUUUGAUGGUUGUCUCUGUGCAGGCAACAGACAUUCCCCCAAAAGAGACUGUUGUGUACACGAAACAGACACAAACGACACAAGCUGGCACAGGACACGAGCGAGAUGUUCUUUCUUGCCAUUCCUCACCAUUGUCAGGAUAUUUGGAAGAUUGGUGGCGUCCAAGGAAAGCUCAUGCGACAGAUUAUUACGAUGAAUACAAUUUAAACCCAGGUUUAGAAUGGGAGGAUGAGUUUACAGUGCUUACUUUUGGGGAUGGUCAAGGUGACGAUGAAGACAGCUCGUUGACGCAUUUGGAUCACGGAUUCCAAUCGAAGCUUCCGCCGGGCAUUUUACCUCCGGGACUGCCAACAUUGAAGGCUGUUGCUCCUGCUGUUACGCCGCAAGAACAGAAGAAGGAUGAAGCUAAAAUUGUCAAGGAAUUGUCGGAGGAGCAAAAACAGAUGAUUAUCUUGUCAGAAGACUUCCAGAAGUUCGUUAUUCGGAGCGGAAAAAUCAUGGAACGUGCAUUAUGUGAAGCUGUCGAUAUUUAUACUGAUUAUAUUGGCGGAGGGGAUACAGAUGAAACAUCUGACGACAAAUCCGGCGCCCGUUUAUCGCUAAACCGUACUUUUUACUGUGAUCGUUGGUCUAAAAAUCGUUGUGUGACUUCGUUCGAUUGGUCAACGCAAUUCCCCGAGUUGUGUGUCGCCUCGUAUCACAACAACGAAGAAAGCCCCAAUGAACCUGAUGGCGUCGUCAUCGUUUGGAACACAAAAUAUCGCAAACAAACGCCCGAAGAUGUUUUUCAUUGUCAAAGUGCCGUCAUGUCAACGUGCUUUGCCAAAUUUCAUCCAAAUCUGAUUCUGGGCGGCACGUAUUCCGGGCAAAUUGUCUUAUGGGACAAUCGUGUACAGAAACGAACGCCCAUUCAACGUUCGCCCUUGAGUGCUUCGGCUCACACGCAUCCCGUUUACUCACUUUCGAUGGUUGGCACCCAAAAUGCCCAUAACGUCAUCUCGAUUUCAUCCGAUGGGAAGCUGUGUUCAUGGAGUUUGGAUAUGUUGUCGCAGCCUCAAGACACGCUCGAAUUGCAACAACGUCAAUCCAAGCCGAUUGCUGUUACUUGCAUGACUUUCCCCAAUAACGAAGUGAACAAUUUCGUGCUUGGCAGCGAAGAUGGUUACGUUCAUUCGGCAACGCGUCACGGAAAUCGUCAAGGUAUCGGCGAAACGUACGAAAAGCAUCUCGGACCUGUCACGGGCAUUUCGACGCAUCCCAUGCACGAAUACGGGCAUUUGUUCCUCACAUCUUCCAUCGAUUGGACCAUCAAAUUGUGGAGUUUGAAGGACACGAAACCCAUUUAUUCCUUCGAAGACAACUCCGAUUACGUCAUGGAUGUGGCAUGGUCGCCCAUUAAUCCCGCUCUCUUUGCUGGCAUCGAUGGCAGCGGAAGACUCGAUUUGUGGAAUUUGAAUCAAGACACUGAAGUGCCGACAGUUUCGUUAGUUGUUGAUGGCGCUCCGGCAUUAAAUCGCGUUUCGUGGACUCCCUCGGGACUUCAUUUGGUUGUUGGUGACGAAGCAGGAAAGAUUUACGUGUAUGAUGUUGCCGAUAGUCUCGCGCAUCCGAACAAUCAACAAGACUUUUCACAAACACUGCACGAAUUGCGGAUGAAUCAAAUGGAUGAAUUUGACGAAAUUGAGAAAAAGGCGCCGAGUUUGCAACCCGCGUCACUCGUUUCGGGCCCAACAUCACUGAUCGCCGUUUAAUUUAUUUAAAAAAAUAA